UGCUUUUCUUUCUUUCUUUAUUUUUGAAAGAAAAAUAUAAACCCUAAUAUUCGCUUGACAGCAGCGAAGCCACUGGGAGCAGCAAACGGACACGUCAGGAAACUGCCGCCAAGUACUUCUUCGAAAUUGUCUUAAAACUCUGCCGAGAAAGUUAGACCGGAUUGAUCACCUUCCCCGGACCUCCACAUCGCCGUUCAGUUACUAUGAAGGCCGUUCGCCUUCUUUUUUCCCUUAGACCAGUAACUACCUUGCCUUCGCCAUCGGUAGCGUUAUUCUCUUCGUCUUCAUCAUUAAUCACUAAGUCGAUGAACUCCGUCGCCACUGAGGCAAAGAAGCAAGGUUCUGUAUACGAACAUCAGCCGAAAUUUAAGUGGAAGUCUGCUAAUUUCUUUGGUACAGUUGAACGGCCCCUUAAAGUGACUACCAGGAACUGUCGCACGGUUAGGGCUUGGACAAUUCUUCGUGCCAAAGCCUCUCCAGAUUCUAGCAGCAGUUUUAGGAUCUUUCUGAAACUGGAGAAAGAGAUGGCUGAAUCAUGGAUUGAACGUCUUAAACCCAAUGACUACGUCAAUGUUGCUGGUCCUUUAGAGUCUUAUAAGAAGGUUGGAAAGUCCGGGAAGUCUUAUUUAUCUUACCAGUUAACUGUCUCGGAGUUAAAUUGCAUUGCACAUAAUGAUCAAGGCUCAAAAAGUCAAAAUUCUGUAGGCAUGUUACAUGAAGAAGGACAUGAUUGUAGGAGUAGUUACAGGGAACGCCUGUAUUUGUGGCAAGUGUUUUUCAGUAGUCCACAUGAAUGGUGGGAUAACAGGAACAAAAAGUCAAAUCCAAAUGGACCGGACUUCAGUCACAAGAGUACUGGUGAGGCCCUGUGGCUUCGGUCAACAGAUCCUCCAUGGAUCAGAAAACAGCUCGAGUUGCUCGACACCCAAAUGAAAAAAAAAGAUGGUGACGGUCAUUUAGUUUCUGAUUCCAGCAUGUCCAAUUGGUAUAUAUAGCUGAAGAUGCUGUGUCUUGUGCUUUCGAACAAAAUCUGUUUCCAGAUUCCUCUAUUUGAGACAGAGUUAGCUUUAUUGGUAGAGGUUUAGCCUGUAUAUACGUAAUCUUCAUAGAGACAAACCACUAAUGCAGAAAGGUCCGAUGAAAGCAAAUUGGUAGAUUGAAGGUACAUGUAAGAGGGCAUUUGUUGCCCUUUUCUUCUUUUUACUUUUAGUUACUUCUCAAGAAAACCACAUAUGCUAUAUAUUGUCUAUAUUAUAAAUUGGGUUGUGUUUAGUUCUCUUUAUCUGAAUUAUGUGUGAAAUAUUUUACACGGUUUUGUUAUUUCCGUGAUAAUUGAUGUUCACAGUCGAUGUAAAAGAUAAUGAACAAUUAACAUGAUAUGAUUACUGUGAACUGGAA